AAACCCGAAGGAGCCCCCGGAUUUAAAACUACGGAGGAAAAGGAGUUAGGGAGCGGAUUAAAACCCACAAACCCAAAAGCCUAUAGCAGCACACCACCAAGCGCCCUCCCCCUCCUCCCUCCCACCGCCCCAUCCCGACCCCAAUUCGGCAUUCCGGCGCCCGAAUCCCCCCAGAUUCGCCGCCCCCACGCCGCGGAUUCGCGCCGGACCCCACCCUUCCGCGGCCGGAUCGGCGGGGCCGGUGGCCGCGCCGGCAACCGCUGCUUCCACCGCUUGCUCUCGGCGGCGGAGGCCGGCGAUCUCGGCCUUGCACGGUUUCGGCCGCGCGAUUCGGUGCUGAUCCAGGGCAUGCUCUCCUCCUCCCUGGCUUCUGGGCACUGGGAUGAGGCUUAACGGUUUGGAGCGAAACCCGAUGCCAGGAAUAGAAGACGCCCUGAUGAAGGACUCGCCCAAGGCUUCCUCCUUGGUGGAGGUGGAAAAACCUUCCCUUGGUGAUGUUGACGUUCUGGGCGGCGGAGGGUCCACGCUUACGGGGAAGAAGAGGAAGGAUGUUCCUGCGGGCGAGAAUGGCGGCGUGGCAAAGAGGGUGCUCAGGUCAGCCACCAUGAAGCUGCAUGUGGAUGCUGAGCCCGAGGGUGAAGCUGCCGCCGCCGCGGAUGUUAGCGAGUGUGACGCUUUGGAGAAGACUGACUGUGAGGCUACUGCGGGUGACAGUUUGGAGAAGACUAACUGCGAGGCUACUGCGGGUGACAGUCUGGAGAAGACUAACUGCGAGGCUACUGCAGGUGACAGUCUGGAGAAGACUAACUGUGAGGCUGUUGCAGAGGAUGGCAGAAGCGGGGCGCAGACAGUCGACGCUUCUAAAGGCGAUGAGCACAUGGAUGAGGUUCCAGUGAAAGUGGAUGAUGCUAUACAAGUGCCAGCUAAGUGUUCUGAGAAUAAUGUGGAUAGUGCCGGUAUUGCUCAAGAGAAUGGCUUAGACAACCAAAAAAGCAAUUUUGAAUCUGAUGAUAAGAAAGUGAAGGCAGACGAGAAGACUUACUCUGCAACUCAGGAGGAGGAGAAUGUGUCUGGAACAAGUGGGGGUGGUACUGAUGACUCCCAGGAAAACAAGGGUGCCAAUGGACCUUGCCAGGGGGAGGUCAUAGACCCAUCAGCUGCAGCAAAAGACGAUGAAUUGGUCAUUGAUGUAAGCAGAAACAACCCUACUAGCGCAUCAGAACCUGUUCAGCAGGAUGGUAAUGUUGUGCGUACUGAGGGAAUGGUACACCAGAGUGGUGAUCAGGGAGUUGAGAAGCAUUGUCACGAUGAUGAUGUACGUAAAGACACUGAAGCUUCUCUAAAUGGUAAUGGAAGAUGUGUGGCUGAUAACAACAUCGCAUUAACUGAUUGCACUAACCAUAAAGAGGGCUUAGGUAGCCCUGUAGGCGGAACCAAGGGGAUUUCGACUCCUGACAUUGUAUUUAUAAGGAGAAAGUCGUUAACCAGAAACACAUGUGAAAUGAAGCAGGCGAAACAUGAAGAGGAGGAGGUUCAGUUUGAGAGGAGAGUUACAAGGUCAUCUACAGUUAAACAAAGAGAGGCUUCUGGAAGCUCAUGCAAAAGUAGUGCAAACGCGGCUAGCAUGGAAAGCAAGGGGAGAAAGGAAGAUGUUGUUCAUCAUUAUACAAGGAAAGUGAGCAAUACUGCAUCCUUAAAAGCUGACCACACUGAACCUGCUAAAUGUGGAACCAACACAAAGAAGAACACACCAAAUGGAAAGAUUAGUGCUCAAAGAAAAUCAGGUGUUACUGGCAAGGAUUAUCCUGCAAAUAUCACAGAGAACAAGGCAUCAGCAACAGAGAUAAAGAUCAAUUCGAAGCCACAGCCGUCCAUGAGAAGUGGCAGCAUUGCCAAGGCAACAACAAAAGAUGCAGUUCCUCUGGUGGAUCAGAAUGUCUGUAGUUCAGCUAUCACUGAAAAGAAUGAUACAGAGCUAACAGAUUCGGAAGGAGUUAGAUCUGAAAACAAGACUGCCAUGCCGAAGUCACCAUUAUCAGUUGGUGCUAAGAUUGUUGCCAGCAAGAAGAGGAUGUUGGAAUCAGGUCUUGAUAAAAUUGCUGGAGGGUCACCAGUUGAGACACCAUCCAUGAAAAAGACAAGAAGUACUUCUCACACCGAGUUAGAUCAAUCAAAGAAGUCUUCUGGGAAGAUGCUUACGGAGAAGAACUCCGGUCCAGACAAAAAAGAUAUUUUGACAAAACGGCAGCAUCACAGUCGAGCAGCUGAGUUGAGCAGAUCUGUUAACCCCUCUAAUAAAGAUGCCUGCAAGCUUUCACAUAAUGGAUCUGAUGUUGAUGGAACUGAUAUCAUCAUUACCCACAAGAGAAAUUGUAGAGGGCGCAGAGAACGUGAUGCUCCUGCCGUCAUGGUAAAACAAGAGUAUUCUAGUGAAUCUGAGGAAGUUAUUGUUGUGAGAAAAGACAGGCGAAAAAGGAAAGAUCCAUUGCAUAAACAAAGGUCCGGAUCUAGACCAAACCGUUCUUCUGGUUCUCCCAAAGCAAGUUGUUCCAAAGGCAAUAGCGAGGCACAAUAUGGCUCCAGAGCAAAAUCUGGAAACCCAGGUGAAUCAACAGGUCGUUUUGAACAAAAGCGUCAAAUAAGCGAACAGGUAAAGACCAUACUUCUGGAUGCUGGUUGGAAGAUUGAUCUGAGACCCAGGAAUGGCAGAAAUUAUUGGGAUUCUGUCUAUAUACCUCCAAGUGGUAAAGGAUCUUACUGGUCAAUCACAAAAGCAUACGCAGUGUAUGAAAGUAUGCAAUCUGAGCAAAAGAACGAAGCUACAAGCGAGAAUUUAUCAAAGAAAUCUCCGGGCAGCCCUGGCAAAACACAUGCUUCUGUGAGUAGUUCUUUACCACAGGAGAUCCUCAGCAAACUAAAAAGAGUAGUUGUUAACAAGCGAAAGACCAAAGUUGAGCUUCAGAAGUUAAAAAAGAGGAAGCAUGGUUUGCUAAAGAACUCUAAAAAUUCAAAGGGCAGGCCAAAGGAAAAGAAGAAGAAGAUUUCAAAGGAAAGAAAAAAGCGAGGCGGUUGUGCUCUACUCGCUCGUGGAUCAAAUCAGGAGGCUGGAAGCAGCAAUGGUUUUGCUCCAUAUGAAUGGAAACGCACAGUUUUCUCCUGGUUGAUUGAUCUGGAUGUUCUAUCCGUCAACACUAGACUGAAAUGCAUGGAUGAAAGCCGCUCAAAAGUUCUGCUAGAGGGUUUACUCACCAGGGAUGGAAUUAACUGUAGCUGCUGUAGCAAGGUUGUCACAGUACUCGAAUUUGUGGCUCAUGCUGGUGGUCAACCGAGCAAACCAUACAGGAAUAUACUUGUGGAUGGGCUGGACAAUGACCUUUUGCAUUGUCUCAUUAGUGCAUGGGACAAGCAGUCUGAUUCUGAAAGACAGGCCUUUUUCCCUGUUAGCACUGAGGGUGAUGAUCCCAAUGACGACACAUGUGGUAUUUGUGGUGAUGGAGGCAAUUUGAUCUGCUGUGACGGAUGCCCCUCAACAUUCCACAUGAGUUGCCUAGAACUCGAGGAACUUCCAUCUGAUGAUUGGCGUUGUGCAAACUGUUCCUGUAAAUUUUGUCAGGAGCAUUUGAAUCAUGAUGCUCCAGACAAUGCUGAAGUUGAUUCAUUACAUUCUUGUUCCCAAUGCGAGGAGAAAUAUCACCCAGCUUGCUCUCCUGAGACUGAGGACCUAUCCAGUGUCUCCAAUCAGGCAGGAAAUCAUUUUUGCCAACAAAGUUGCAGACUGCUGUUUGAGGAAUUGCAGAAUCUUCUUGCGGUCAAGAAGGAUCUUGAACCUGAAUUUGCAUGCAGAAUUAUUCAGUGUAGCCAUGAAAAUGCACCAGAAACAGUUCUUGAUUUGGAUGGAAGGGUCGAGUGUAAUUCCAAGAUUGCAGUUGCUCUUUCACUGAUGGAUGAGUGCUUUCUUCCUAUUGUUGACCAAAGAACUGGGAUCAACUUGAUACGUAAUGUUGUGUACAACUGUGGGUCAAAUUUUCUCCGGCUGGAUUUCCAUGGAUUUUAUAUCUUUAUUUUGGAGCGUGGAGAUGAAAUAGUAUCUGCAGCAUCAGUCAGGAUACAUGGGACCAAGUUGGCAGAGAUGCCAUUCAUUGGUACACGACAUAUGUAUCGUCGCCAAGGGAUGUGCCGUCGACUUUUAGAUGGAAUUGAAAUGAUCCUCAGUUCUCUCAAAGUUGAGAAGCUGAUCAUUCCUGCUAUUAAUGAACUGGUGGACACCUGGACAUCCAAAUUCGGAUUUAGCCCACUUGAAGUUUCAGACAAGCAAGAAGUCAAGUCUAUCAACAUGUUAGUUUUUCCUGGUACAGGUCUUCUUCAAAAGCCAUUGCUAAAUAAGCAGGCUUCACCUCAGGAACACCCAGGUUCUGAAGGAGAUGUAGAUGCGGAUGCGGAGACCCAAGGUUCGGAGGUCAUGGAUCAGUUGAACAGCAGCAAAGAAGAUGCUGAAACUUGCAAAGAUUGACGAGCCUCGUCUCCAGUUCAUUUUGGCCCGACAAGACAACGCAACCUGCUUCGCAAGAGUGACAGACAUAGAUGAUGAAACCAUUUAGUUAUCUUGUUUUAACUCAGCCUGCCGUGCAUCUGCUUCUUCCAGAAAGCAAACCUGAAAGGAUGCGUUUUUGAAGACGAGCGCUGUUUUGGCCAGGGCUUGGUGACCAGCCUGUGCAGUGUGCAGUAUUAAAAGUUGUUGACCCCGACCAUACCUAACUGUAUGUGGACUCCUCAGCAGGUAGAAGGGGGAUUAUAGUUUUAUUCUGUGCAUUUUGGGGGGGGGGGGGGGGGGGGGGGGUUUAACUUAAAAGUCGAAGGCCAACGUUGCCGCGAAUCAUAGUGGAUGUUAGUUGUUGUUUCUGUCAAUAGCUUUGCACUUUUGCAACCAGAAGAAGGAACCUCAUUGUCUGUAAGAUGCUAGUUGUAUGGGCGAAAAAGCUUUGCCAUGCUGCUGCGAGUAAUUUCAAACCUGAAAUUUUAGGA